CUUCUUCUUCUUCUCUUAGCAUUUGAGACUUGAGAGAGAAAUAAUGUAUAGCUGGGAGAGAGAAAAGUUGCAGAAAAAGCAGAGAACCCCUUCGUUUUCCACAACCCUCCUUGACGAAAUCUAUCGUUCCAUUGAUGGAUUCGAGGAGAAACAGGCGGAGGAGGAGGAUUUUGAGGUGCACAGAAGAAGACAAAGAAACGGCGGCGGCCGACAUGGUUGCCCGAAAGUGACGAUCAAGAACGUUAGAAUAGGCGACCACAAUGUCGACGAGGACGAGGAUGUCGUGAGUUUUAGGAGGGCUUGUUUGAUAGAGAAGUGGAUGGAACAGAAAGUUAGUGAGAAAGCAAAGGGGACCAAACCUCCGCUGCCGCCGUUAAUGUCGGAUUUCGACAGUGAUCCUUUGUUCUUUAGCUCGAGUUCCUCGGAUUCCAGCUCCGGUGUUCUCUCCUCAUCGUCUUCCUUGUCGGACACGGAGUUCUUGGAGUCCACCCGGAAGUCGUCGGCGUCGAUGAGAACCUCUUGUUUCAGUUCCUCCCGGCCCAAACCGGUCAGAACCACCGUCGAGAAAUCCGAGAAUUUGGUGAAGUCCAAAUCCGCCGCCGUGAAGAUGUACGCGAAUCUGAAGAAGAUGAAACAGCCCAUCUCGCCGGGGGCUCGCCUCACCAACUUCCUCAACUCUCUGUUCGCCAACGGGAAGCCCAAACCCGCCGUUAAACCCUCGCCGGAAGACCCCAAGCCGCCGCCGCCGCAGCCGUCCACCUCGUCGUCGGCGGCGUCGCGGUCGUGUCUCAACAAAACUCCGAGGAUGAACAAUGGGGUGAAGAGGACUGUCCGAUUCGACCCCGUCGGCGUCAUCGUCGACGAAGACUGCCGACCCUGCGGCCACAAGCGCAUAUACGACCGAGAUUACGCCGCCGGCAAGCCGGAAUUUCAAGAAAUCAAGAAAACCCAGGGCUUUCCCAGGGGCAUUGCUCUCAGAGGCGGCUACCAUCAAUGGAAGAAGGAUUUUUACGCCAAGGAAGAAGAGGAGGAGGAUGAUAAAUUGAGCGAUUGCAGCUCGGAUUUAUUCGAAAUCGAUCAUCUCGCAUCGUUCGCCGGGAACAGAAGAUUCCGGGAAGAACUUCCGGUGUACGAGACUACUCAACUUCCGGCCACCGCCUUCAUUCGUUAA